CAUAGCACGUGUUUACGUAGUCACGUACUGUAGCUACCUGUGGACCCAGCAGAGCUAUAGCCAUCUCCUUAUCGCGCAUCCCGCUCGGCCCUCAAUUACCUGACGAUGGCUUGUCACGGCUCCUUUUUCCCUAUCAGUAGCCCCGCAUUUAUUUAUAUCUCGAUAUACUACUGUAUUCCACUUCCAAUCCUGACCUGUCAUGCCAAUUGACCUUCUACUACUCUUGAGCCUUUACCAGUCCUUUCUGCCGUCAACUGAUCCAAGAUCUCGUCAUCAUGGGCAAAGAAGGUCUUCGAUACGCCGCAAAGGUUGACUUGGAGAAGCCAGCUGCUGAACAACCGCAAUUACAUAAUCGAUGGCAUCCGGACGUCCCUUUCGCUGGAAAGAUUAAGAACAACGAAGUGGUCAAGAUCCAAUGUGUAGACUGGACAGGCGGUCAGAUUGGCAAUAAUGACUCCGCAAACGACGUCAGGGAUGUCGAUCUCACCAAGAUCCACUACCUAACCGGCCCCUUCGAGAUCGAAACAGCCGAACCAGGCGACAUCCUCCUCGUCGAGAUCCAGGACGUCCAGCCCCUACAAGACCAGCCCUGGGGCUUCACAGGCGUCUUCCCAAAGACCAACGGCGGCGGCUUCCUCGACGAGCUCUACCCAGACGCAGCAAAAGCCAUAUGGGACUUCGAAGGCAUCUUCUGCUCCUCCCGUCACAUCCCCGGCGUGCGCUUCGCCGGCCUCAUCCAUCCAGGCAUCCUCGGCUGCGCGCCCUCCGCCGAAAUCCUCGCCGAAUGGAACCGCCGCGAGGCCGAACUCAUCACCGCCUGCGCCCACCUAGACCGCGAUGUCGCGAUCCCGCCCACGCCCCAGAACGUGCACGCCGGCUCUGCCGAUGCCGCCAUCAAGGAGAAGGUCGGCCGGGAGGGCGCGCGCACGAUCCCGGGCCGCCCCGAACACGGCGGGAACUGCGACAUCAAGAAUCUGAGCCGUGGCAGCAAGGUGUACCUGCCCGUGCAUGUACAGGGUGCGAAGUUCAGCGUUGGCGACUUGCAUUUCUCUCAGGGCGAUGGCGAAAUCUCCUUUUGCGGCGCCAUCGAAAUGGCAGGUGAAAUCACGCUCAAAUUCAGCGUCAUGAAGGGCGGCAUGUCCAAACUCGGUCUCAAAUCACCCAUCUACAUGCCAGGCCCGGUGGAGCCGCAGUUCGGGCCGGGCCGAUACAUCUACUUUGAGGGAUUCAGCGUCGACGAGCACGGCAAGCAGCACUACAUGGACGCCACGGUGGCCUAUCGUCAGACGUGUCUGCGCGCCAUCGAGUAUCUGCGCCGGUUCGGCUAUGAUGAUUAUCAGAUCUAUUUGCUGCUGAGCUGUGCGCCUGUGCAGGGCCAUCUUGCCGGCAUGGUCGAUAUUCCGAAUGCGUGUACGACCCUGGGCGUGCCGAUGGAUAUCUUUGAGUUUGAUAUUAGUCCUGGGGCGGAAGUCAAGAAGUUGGAUUUGGGUUGUUGUGCGAAGGCUAGUUAGAAAGAGGAUGGGACGCGUGGGUGCAUUGACUGGCAGAACGGCGUUGAUGAUUAGAAAAGUGAGCGAGCGGUGGCGUUGGUGAGGGGGGUGCAUAAGAGAAGAGGAGUUGAGCAUGUAGAUGUAGCUCGAGUGCGGUAUAUAACUUUGCCUGUACUAGUUCGGACAAUAUCAAAACUCCAGCCUGAUGCUGCUAAAUGACAUAGCGUCUACCCAAGCGCCAAUACCCGUGCACGAAGAACG